AAGAGAAAAGGAAAAAAAAGUACCAGGGAGAAGAAGAACCCCCAGCCGUUGCUGUGCUUGCUGCCAAUAUACUCCUUGGGCGCUUCUUUUAGCCCUGUAAACCCCGUAUUGCUUCCCUCCGCCCUCUCUCUUCCUUCUUUUAUCCUCUUCUUCUCUCCCUUCUUCUUCUUCUCUUCUCCCUCUUCCUCUCCUCCUCUCAUCUACUCGACACCCCCGUUUUAUGGAUCUCAUGAGCUCUCGAUUCAAGCUCGGUUUUGGAAACAAGCGCAAGAGUGGCUCCUCUCUCGCUCCUACAACCACCGCGACCAACACCCCCCCAAACGGGUCACCCUCGCAGCCCUCGCCGCCGCCAGGCAACACCUCCAACCCAAACGCCUCGUCCGCCAGUCUCCCCAUGAACCCGCAGAACCAUCUCGGCCGCCCGCCCAGCUACACAUACGCUCCCGGCGCUCCAAGGCCCGCCAGCCCGCUCCCGCCUGGCGGCCAGCAUCACCCGCAGCAGCUCGCCCACCAUCCGCCGCCGCUGAACACGGGUGUGGGCGUGCCAUACCCUACCGGAGGCGGCAUGUCCUCUGCUCCUCCGCCGCCAGGGUACGGUGGCUACCCGCCUCAGUCGACUGGCCAGGGACAUGGCAUCCCACAGCCCCUCGCGCCAUUUCGCGGCCAUACCGGGGAGCUCGACAACCAGGCGCGCAGCAAGGCCCAGCUAAUUGUCGGUAUUGAUUUUGGAACCACUUUCUCCGGUGUUGCUUAUGCCUUUGCUACCAAUACCGAGGCCAAGGAGGACAUUAUCACUGAGUGGCCUGGCGCUGGCACACAUACCAAACAAAAGAUACCUACCGUUCUAUACUACGACCAGUAUCAAAAAGUCGUAGGAUGGGGGCCUGAUAUCGCGGACGCCCUCGCUCCCACCGGAUACCCCAAAGCAGGCGUACAGAAGGUCGAAUGGUUCAAGCUACAGCUCAUGUCCUCCGGUGGAAAUACCUAUAUAGACCCCAUAAACCUGCCCCCGUUACCGCCAGGUAAAUCUGAGAUAGACGUGGCCGCAGACUACCUCUUCCAUCUACGCGGGGCCAUGCGCAACCAGCUCCAGAAGACUCUCGGCGAAGUUUUCAACCGUGAAGAACGCAACAUCCGCUACUUCUUGACCGUUCCCGCCAUCUGGAACGACGCUGGAAAGGCUGCUACCCGUGCGGCUGCCAUACAGGCCGGCUUCCUGCGCGAUGAAAAUGACAACCGUCUCACCUUGAUCACCGAGCCAGAAGCCGCAGCCAUGUUCUGUGCAAAGACUGGUUUACUCAAUCUUAAAAUUCAUGACGCCAUCCUCAUCGUUGAUUGUGGUGGUGGUACAGUCGAUCUCAUCGCCUACGAAGUCGAUGAGGAGUCCCCCUUCAGCGUCUGCGAGUGUACUGCUGGAUCCGGUGACAGCUGCGGUUCUACCGCACUCAACCGUAACUUCAGCAACAUCCUGCGCACAAAGAUCCGAAAGAUGAAGCUGCCAGAUGGAUCACGUACCGCUGGCAAGGUAUACGCCAAGUGUAUCAUGGACUUCGAGAACAGAAUCAAGGCCGAUUUCAGAAAUAACGGACAGAAGUGGGCCGUCGAUGUUGGUAUCGAGGCUGAUUUCCCUGAAGCCGGCAUCGAAGAAGGCUACAUGACUUUCACCAAUGAAGAGAUUCUGCAGUGUUUUGAGCCUGUUGUUAAUCGCAUUUUGGAGCUGGUCAGGAACCAGAUUAUUGCCAUUCAGGCACAGAACAGACCACUACAGGUAAGUCCUCCCAACACAAUCAUUGUUCAAUCCUAUAUUAAUAGUGUAGAAUGUCCUUGUUGUCGGUGGAUUCGGUGCAUCAGAGUAUCUUUUUCAACAGAUAAAGCUUCACGUCCCUCCACAGUAUCAGUCCAAGGUUGUCCGCCCCAUGGAUUCCGUUGCCGCCAUCGUAAAGGGUGCAGUAACUGCCGGUAUCACAGAGCGUGUCGUUACCUCCCGCGUGGCUCGUAGACACUAUCUGAUGGCCACCUUGCAGCCGUUCAAGGAAGGUCACCAUCCUGAACAGUACCGUGUCCCGUCUCUCGAUGGCAAGGAUAGAUGCAAGUAUACGCGCCAGAUAUUCGUGCAAAAGGGCGAGCGUAUCAAGAACGGAGAGCCUGUCAAGGUCAGCUUCUUCAGACAGGUGGCACCAGGAGCGACACUGAUGUAUGAGGAUAUCUUAUACGCCUGUGACGAGGAUGUUUGUCCCGAAUAUACAAAGGAUCCACGUAUGUUAUCACCUUUUCUCUCCCAUUUCUCUUCUUGAAUCAUCAGCUAAUUUCGCUCUUAUCAUAGGGAUCAAGGAAGUUGUCACCCUUACAUCUGACCUGUCUCGCAAAAACCUUGAAAAAGAUUUUGAACGCAUGGACACUCCUCAGGGUACCUUUUACCGAGUGUACUUCGACAUCUACCUCACCCUUGAUGGCAGCGAGUUCAACGCUGAACUUGUCUGUCAGGGCGAAGUCAUGGGCCGUUGUUCAGCAAGAUUCCGAUAAAGGGUACCUUUCGUUCCGACUUCCCUCCCACUCCCUCCCCCUUAUAUUUUCCAUGCAAAACAAAAUCGGCCAACAAAAAAAAAUCUGAUAAGAAUGAGAGAAUAGAGUGAAGAAGAGAGAGAGAGAUCCUACCAAAGAAAGUUGAGAGAUGGAGGAAGCUUCAGGAAUAGGAGACAGGGGACUUUGCAUUUCCACCUUGGCCAUUUCCCCGUGGAUUGAUAUCACGCCUUGAUUUACAUACUGACUUGUUGAUUGGCCUCGCAUUUCUUUUUCACUUCCCUUCUGUUCGUGAUAGAUCUAUUUUUAUCCCCUUUCUUUCCCCUUUUUCACGCCCUUCUUGCCGGUUGCCGAGUUGGUAGCAGAUUCAUCCUACCUAUCUCUUAACACAUAUACAGCAUUCACGCCAUCUACGACAUCUACCAACACCAUAUCACGGCAUACUUACUACUAUACGCAGCCCAUGACCAUCUUCCUGUUCCGCUAAAUAAUAUAGCCAGCCUCGCCCUACUGAUUUAUAUACCCCCUUUCCCCUUCGAUCCGACUGGCCCGGCUGUCAAUAUCGUUAGCCUACUCAAAUAAAAGGAAAAAAAAAAGAAUCUUUCAUUUUGCUAAACAUCGUAUUUCUUCCCGGUGUGCCUGUCUGCCUUACAGGCACCGAUCAUCAAAUAGUUACUCUCGGCUUCUCCUCCUUUUCUGAUUCCAAUUGUUUGCUACUCAUGUAUGAAAGGAAAUAAGCACUUCAACCCGACGGGAGAAGAAGAGAAGAAGCAAAACGUCUCCCAAGGCUUCUUCGCUGCCGCCGAUCAUAUGAUAAUUUUACAUAAAUCACCGACCAUGUCCCUUUCAUCCCAUGCACUAGUUAUUACACCCUCCCUCCCCUCCUUUCCUCUGUGAAGAAGGAUAUCGAUAUCUCGUUGAAUAACGAAUAUGCACACAAGGGUAUGCCCUGAUAUACGACACUAGACAGAAAACAUCGCACAGGUUGACAUCCCGACGGGGCAGCGGGAAAAGCAAAGAGAGGAUGUAUGUCAGAGCCGGAAAAGCUGCAGAUACACCGAAUCAACCAGUCAUUCGUCUCCUUAUUGCUAUCAUCCCUGCAUUAAUCAUGAAGAGGAGGCCGUGCUGGCUUCGAAAAUUGCCUGACAUUGACUUUAUCCGGAUAACAGACACGCGACCUCCUCCCUUUCUCGUCCUUGGGGUGUGUAUCCCCCUUUUUUGCUUCUUUGAGGUAUUAAAUGUAAUGUACCAUGUAGCUAGGAUGCGUUAGGCACCCAGGCAGAUUGGUCCUUGAUGCUCUUAUCAAUCUUCUUCUUCGACUGUUUUCUGUCUUCCACGUCUUUCUCACUCAUUCGUUCGCUAUUAGGUGCUGGCCAAUUUGCAUGACAAUCUGCAGUUGUCAUGUCUCUAGGUGUUCCUCUCCUAUUGCCGAUGUCAAGAAAAUAUUGGGCCACAGUGCUUUGAGCAUCAGCUGGCAGCUGCUGCUUUACCUUUUCUCAUCGUGCGAUAGAUCAGGCAAAAGCUCACUUGACCACCUGGCAUGGCCCCAGUAAGUGGCUUGCUGCUAGCGACUAGGGGCCUGGGCAGAC